UGUGCAACCUUAGAAAAGCCUCGAAGGCAGACGAAGGCAGAGCUCCGUAUUCAUUCAGAAGGCGAUUGUCAGUCAGAGCUCUCACAUACUGCCUGCUCCUCUCACACACAGAGAUAUACACUCUCGCUGGCCCAGAGCAGAUGAGGGACAUGCUGUGGGUGCCUCUAUUCUGCGCCCUGCUGGGGAGGAUCAGUUUCACUGGAGGCCACCAGCUGACUUCAGAGGAAAAGCGUAAAAUCGUGGAAUUGCACAACCACUUACGGAGUCAGGUGAUGCCCACUGCAGCAAAUAUGCGAAAUACGAGCUGGAAUGCUUCUCUGGAGUCUGUUGCAAAAGAUUAUGCUGUCCAGUGCAUAUGGGAUCAUAAUCCAGACCUUGAGGAUACUGGAGAAAACCUGUACAUCACCAGUGGGGCCCUAAACAUCAGCCAAGCAUUAACCAACUGGUAUGAAGAACGCCACCACUUCACCUACGAGACUAACAGCUGUGUCGAGGAACAGAUGUGUGGACACUACACACAGGUUGUGUGGGCAGAUACAGACACCAUUGGUUGUGCAUCUCAUGCCUGUGAUACGGUGAAGGGUAUUUCUCUGGAUCGUGCAGUCAUAUUGGUCUGUAACUACUUCCCAGGGGGAAAUUAUGAAAAUGAGUUGCCCUACCGAAAGGGGAAGCCAUGUACUCAGUGUCCAGACAAGAUACAAAAAUGCAAAAACAAUAUCUGUGUGGCCUAUACAGAUGAAGACAAGAGCACCAUGGAGGUUGAUUCCAGCACUGAGAGUCCAGUGACAGAGGUGGCACAAACCAGGAUCUACUUGGACAGACAGCAAACACCUUAUGUGGCCUAUACAGAUGAAGACAAGAGCACCAUGGAGGUUGAUUCCAGCACCGAGAGUCCAGUGACAGAGGUGGCACAAACCAGGAUCUACUUGGACAGACCGCAAACAUCUUAUGGUGCGGUCAUGACAACUGCUUGGUCAGCAGUUUUUGUCACCACUUUGCUGUCCUUUGUGCUGUGUUUGGACACAGCGACAUAAUUACAUCAUCUUGUCAUAUGACAGGAACAUCCUGUGUUGGACGAUGGGUCCUGCACACAAUACUGGAACUUUCUGCAUAUUUGAAAUCAGAUCUUUGGCUUGGAACACUGUUGCCCCCUAUGCAAACUGGAAUGUACAUAUCAUCUGUUUGUUGUUGUUUAGCUAUAUGUAGUCUCAAAACGCAACUUUGCUUACUCAAAAAAGACCAAGAGUGCAACACAACUGUGUUGCUGUUGUAAUCAGUAUUAGCUGUGAUGACAUCACUGAUAUAAUGAUCUUUGGCCUUUUUCUGGCCUGAUGUGAAAGAAUCAUUUUAACAAAAAUGAAAGUGUUGAUAAUUCAAACCAAAUAAAACACCUCAUAGUGUCAAUAAUUCGAACCAAAUAAAACACCUAAUAGUGUUGAUAAUUCAAACCAAAUAAAACACCUCAUAGUGUCGAUAAUUCAAACCAAAUAAAACACCUCAUAAUGUUGAUAAUUCAAACCAAAUAAAACACCUUAGUGUUGAUAAUUCAAACCAAAUAAAACACCUCAUAGUGUCGAUAAUUCAAACCAAAUAAAACACCUUAGUGUUGAUAAUUCAAACCAAAUAAAANAGUGUUGAUAAUUCAAACCAAAUAAAACACCUCAUAGUGUCGAUAAUUCAAACCAAAUAAAACACCUUAGUGUUGAUAAUUCAAACCAAAUAAAAUACCUCAUAGUGUCGAUAAUUCAAGCCAAGUAAAACAACUAAUAGUGUUGCCAUUAAGUAACGACCAAAGGCAUACAUCUAUCAGAACAACAGUAACCAUAUAUAAAUGCAGGUGAGGUCGUGGGGACUGGGUGCUUUGUAGAUUGUAUGGCAGUCGAAGGCAGGGGCCUUGGCAGACCAAUUAUCAGCUGCAUAAUCUGGCUAUGUGCAUGUGGAACGUAGCCUCUCUGGCAGGAAAGGAGCCUGAGAUGAUGCUGGAGGUAGAAAGAUACUGACUAGAUAUAGGCUGACAUGAACGCACAGCUUGGGCUCCAGAACCAAACUCCCAGGGAGGGGCUGGACUCUAUCCCACUCUGGAGUUGUCCAUGGUGAGAGGCGCCGAGCAGGGGUACGUCUACUUUUUGUCCCCCAGUUCAUUGGGAGAGGGUCACCUCCCUUCAACUUCCACUCAUAUGCACCAAACACCAGGGUCAUGGAGACCCUAGAAGUGGUGCUGGAAGGUGCCCUUAUUGGGGAAUUUCUGUCCUGCUGGAAGAAUUUAACACUCAUGUGAGUAAUGACAGUGAAACCUGGAGGGGUGUGAUUGGGAGGAACAGCCUGCCCAAUCUGAACCUGAGCAGUGUUUUGUUAUUGGACUUCUGUGUUAAUCACAAACACCAUGUUUGAGCAUAAGGGUGUUUAUAAGUGGCCGUGGAGACUCAGGUGAUGAGAGGAGCUGAGCUGUCAACUGAUCACCAUAUGGUGGUCAGUUGGAUCAGAUGGCAGGGAUCUAAACAUAUAGUGAGGGUGUGCUGGGAGCAUCUGGAAGAGGCCCCUGUCCAGGAGAUCUUCAACUUGCAUCUUCAGCAAAAUUUGUUCUGCAACCCAAGGGAGUCAGUGGACAUUGAGCCUGAAUGGGCGAUGUUCCGGGACUGCAUUGCAGAAGUGGAUCCAUGUGCAUAAUGUUCUUGGUGCCUGCUGUGGUGGCAAUCCCCAAACCUGGGCAGUAAAGGAAGCUGUAAGGCUGAAGAAGGAGGCCUUCCAAGCUUACUUAGCUUAUGGGACUCCUGAAGCAGCUGACAGGUUCAGGCAAGAUAAGUGGAAGAUGGCUUUAGCAGUUGUUGAAGCAAGAACUUGGGAGUGGAAGGAGCUCUGUGAGGCGAGAAGGACUUUUGGUCAGCUUUGAAAAGAUUCUGGCAAACCGCCAGGUGACUCAGGAGGGGGAAGUAAGGCUUUACUUGCACUGUUUACAGCAGGGAUUGAGAUCUGUUGGCCUCAAAUGGGGAUGUAGUCAAGCAGUGGAAGGAGUAUUUUGAUGACGUCCUGAAUCCCACUGAUACACCUUCCUUGGAGGAUGCAGAGCUGGAAGACUCAGAGGGGGACUUACCCAUCUAUAGAGCUGAGGUCACUGAAGUAGAAAAAAAACUCUCCAGUGGUAAGGCUCUGGGGGUGGAUGAGAUUCGCCCUGAGUUCCUGAAAGUUCUUGAUAUUGUUGGGCUGUCUUGGCUGACACGCCUCUUCAACAUUGUGUAGAGGUUAGGGACAGUACCUUGGGAGUGACAGACUGGGGUGGUGGUCCCAGUCUUAAAGAAAGGGGACUGGAGGAUGUAUUCUAACUUCAGGGGCAUCACAACCUCAGCCUCCCUGGGAAAGUCUAUGCUGGGGUACUAGAGAGGAGAGUCUGCCCAUUGCUCAAACCUUGGAUCUAGGAGGAACAAUGCAGGUUCCAUCUUGGUCACAGAACACUGGACCAGUUGUUCACCCUCACAAGGAUACUGAAGGGUUCAUGCUCAACCAGUUUACAUGUGUUUUCUGGGCUUGUAUCCCUUGGAGGGUCCUGUAGGAGUAUGGGGUACAGGUCCUUGUACAAAUGGAGCGAGAGUUUGUUUUGCAUCGCCAGCAGUAAGUCAGACUCAUUCCUGUAGGUGUUGGAUUCCACUAUGGCUGCCCUUUGACACCAAUUCUGUUCAUUUGCGAACUCCAAAUGGUUAGAGAUGCUUAGAAUGCCCAGCAUCACCUCUCAAGCCUCUAUCAUGAGACUAAGACGACUGCAGCAUAUAGUCUCCCAGACCACAUUGCCACAGACAAUGGAGCGCAGUUCAUGUCUGAGCAGUUUGAAAACCUCCUGCUGUAGACUGGGAUCCUCCACUCCCCCAGCACCCCUUGAAAACCUCCUGCUGCAGACUGGGAUCCUCCACUCCCCCAGCACCCCUUGAAAACCUCCUGCUGCAGACUGGGAUCCUCCACUCCCCCAGCACCCCUUGAAAACCUCCUGCUGCAGACUGGGAUCCUCCACUCCCCCAGCACCCCUUGAAAACCUCCUGCUGCAGACUGGGAUCCUCACCCCGCCAUGAACAGCCUUGCAGAAAGGUCUAUACAAACAUUCAAGAGUUGGAUUAAAAAGUGCACACACACCGCAGUGGACAUGGAGACAAAAUCUCCCUCUUUUUGAUGCAAUACGCACUUCUCAAAAUUGUACUACAGGUCUGUCACCUGCAAAAAUGUUACCACAGCCAGCGGGCAGCCGAUAGCUUUUUCUCUGUAGAUGACACAAUGUAUCUGCAAAAUACCACAGGGGAAGGGAAUAAAUGGAUUCCUGGAGCGA